AUGCAGGCCGCUCUGAGCAGCAAGGCAGUCAUUGCCCGCCGCCCCACCGCCGUGGCCCCCCGCCAGGCCCGCCAGGCCUCCAAGCUGGUGGUGCAGGCCUACAAGGUGACCCUGAAGACGCCCUCCGGCGAGCAGGUGAUCGAGUGCGCCGACGACACCUACAUCCUGGACGCCGCGGAGGAGGCCGGCAUCGACCUGCCGUACAGCUGCCGCGCGGGCGCGUGCUCCAGCUGCGCCGGCAAGGUGGAGUCUGGCGGCGUUGACCAGAGCGACCAGAGCUUCCUGGACGACGACCAGAUGGGCAAGGGCUUCGUGCUGACCUGCGUCGCCUACCCCACGUCUGAUGUGACGAUCAGCACCCACCAGGAAGAGAGCCUUUACUGA